CUGGAGUCACUUCACUGACUCUUAACUAGAGUUCUUAGACUCAAAGCCUGUGUGCUGAGAGCCCCCACAGCCCAGCCGAACCAUCCUGUGACUCUCCAUCAGCUCCCUCCUCUGAGCCUAGCAAUCAGCCUUCCACAGCUGACUUCCUACCUGUCCCUACAAUGCCUGUGCCCUCCAUAUGCUGAUGUUUUCCCUAGAUGCUGACAUCUUAACACCAACAGACACAGAGCCCAAGGAUUCUAUCUAUAUGCGGGUCAGUCCAGGUCACAGCCAUCUUUCCCUUAGCCCCGCCCACUGCAUCAUAGACAAGCAGGGUAGCUAAGACUAUGACUCUCCAGAGAAUUCAUUUUCUCCAAACCCAGGACAACAGUGGAGCAUUGACAGCAGAAGCCAGUGAACUUCAGGGUAUUCAUCUUGUAGACAAAUCAUGCCAGAGAGAAGAAAACUAAAUACUGAAGAGCUCUCCCAUCACAGUGUGGGAUCAGUCAGGGAGGGACAAGGCCCUAGUCUCCAGGAGCAUGAGAGUGAAAAAUGAAUUGGCAAGAUUUUAGCUCACACAGAAGAUUAUAUGUUACUGUGUGCCUCGAGAGAUUGGGCAGUCAAGUCUCAGGGCAAGUCACCAGGGCUCAUUUUGCUCCACAAGCUGUGAAACUUCUCAGAACUGUGCCAGGCCAUAUUGGGGUGUUGACUGGUGUGGGUCUUGGCCAGGCAGAGCUGAUUGAUGUUUUACAGCAACAAAAAGAACCAGGACACCACCCCCUACGCCGGGGCUCUUCUGGUGAGGGUUGGGCCUCUGACACUAAAGCUACCCCAUCGCUAAUCACCAUAGAGAUAUCGCAGCACAGCCAUAGCACACAUCUGAACUCAGGGAUCCAAGGAAGUUCCUUUGUAAAUACAUCAAAUAGUGUAUGGCCAAAGAAAAAUCUCUGGCCACCAAUAGAGACCCAUGGAAAAGAAAGGACAAUAGCCUUCCCAUACAGGGUGAAAAUGCCAGAAAACCUUCUACAGAGCCAUGAGGACUUGCCAAAGGACAUAAUCAUAGGGGAAGGCAACAUGUCACCAAGUAGGGGGCCAAAAGCAGCAUCUCAAUACCCUGAACCUGAUUUUCUUGAAGAACAUGUCCUGAGGGGAAGGAAGAUCAAGCCCAAGAAAAAGAAGUUGCUGCAGGCAACAUUGCCAAUUUACAGACUAGAGAGCAGACAUGAAGAAAUACAGAUAUCAAAGCAGGAGAAGAUGAAAAACAAGAGAGUCAACUCAAGGGAGGCCUGGGUCCAGUUAUUUCCUAAAAAGCCAUUCUUGGAGCAAAAGCCAAAGGACCUGGGUCCAUUGUUUAUGGAAGGAGCAAGUCUGCUGCACAAGAAAAAGACCCAGGCGUUGGACCUGUCAUCCAAAGACCAUCAUUUGAAGUCAAGCCCCAGAGCACACAGACAGAACCUACAGCCAGCUCAGGAUGACGGCGAUAAGGAGAUCACAGGAAAACGGUCAAAAAUGGAGAGAAAAAAGCCGAGAAUGGAGUGGUGGGAUCCCAUAAUCUGGGGUGACCCGGUCAAACUUGUUGAGCGUGAACAAUCUCUUCGAAAGACCUUUUCUGAAGUCCACACCGAACAGAGGAAACUGAGCUUUCCCAUAGGCAGAUCAAGUUAUAAAGGCAUAAUUCCCAUAGGCAGAUCAAGUUAUUAAAACCCUGGUUUUCUGCCUCGAGAACAUUAAAGAUCUCCAUUAUGGCCCUGAGGCUGUGGUUUCUGGCCAGGGCAAUAGCCUGCUCAAAUCCAAAGGCCUCACAGAUGACCCCUACAGGACACCCUCCCUAGAUCUCUCCUCUUCUGGCUGGCCCUCCUGAGACUAUGCCCAUCAUCCUUCUAGGGAUUUCCUGGGACAUCACACUGGACAACAGAAGAGCAUUGACAGCAGAGGCUGGUGGUGAACUUCAGGGUAUUCAUCUUGUAGACAAAUCAUGCCAGAGAGAAGAAAAUUAAAUACUGAAGAACUCACCCAUCACAGUGUGAGAUCAGUCAGGGAGGGACAAGGCCCUAGUCUCCAGGAGCGUGAGAAGAAAAAAUGAAUUGGCAAGAGCUUGUCUCCCACAGAAGAAAAAAUGCUACUGAUAGCACCAGAAGGCUAGGCAACCAUGCAUUUUGGGAAACCACUAGGACACAUUUGGCUGCUCAGGAAGUCAAAACCAGCCAGACCUCCCAAUCCACGUGUAGAAGUUUGGGUGCUCUGCGGGCAAGCCAGGCAGAAUCACUUCCCCUUCUCCAGAAACCAAAGGAAGGAGAAAAUCAUCAACUCCGGGCAGUCUCUGCUGGCAGGUGCAGUCCCCCUGUCACUGAGGACUUUUCCUCAUUACCCACCAGAGAGGGAUUACAAAGCAUCUUUGCUAAACAUCUGGAGUUAGAGCCCAGAAGAGGUCCCCUUACAAGUCCAAAGGAAGCAUGGACAGAGAAAACUCUUGAGGCAACAGCACCGAUAGAGACCCAGGGAAAAGAGAGGACAAUGGCAUUCCCUAAUCAGGCAAAUAACCAAGGGGACAAACCUCAAAGCCCUCAAGGUCAGCUCCAUAAGGACUUGUGGAAGGACAUAAUCGUAAGAUACAGCGUUGCAUCACCAAGGAAAGGCCUACAAAUGGUGUCCUACUGCCCCAAACUUGAAGGUAAUCUUGAAGGACAUGUCCUGGAUGGAAAAAAGAUCCACCUGAAACCAAGGUCAUCAGUGCAGGAAAUACACAUGUAUAGUUUGGAGGAAAGCCAGAAGAAAGAAAUACAGACACCGAAGGAGAAAGUUAAGGAGACAAGAACUAAACCUAAGGAAAGGGAAGCCCAGAACCAGUUUUCGAAAGAAAAGGCAAUCCUUCAGAAAAAACUGCAGGAUCUGGGCCCAAUGCCCAUGGGAGGGAUGAGUCUGCUGGACAAGGAGAAAACCCAGGACCUGGAGCUGUCGCCCAGAGACCAUCAUUCAAAGUCAAGACCCAGAGCACACAGACAGAACCUCCAACUGCUAGCUCAGGAUGUUCACAAUACAAAGGCCAUAAAAGAACAGUCAAAAACAGAGAAAAGAAAGCUGAGAAUGCAAUGGUGGGACCCCACAGUCUGGGGGUCCCCAGUCAUACUGGCCAAGCGUGAACAAUUCCCUCGAAAGACCUGUUCAAAAUUCCACAGUGACCAGAAGCUGAGCUUUCCCAUGGGCAGAUCGAGUUAUAAAGACACAAUCCCCACAAGCAGAUCAACUUAUUAAAACCCCGUUUUUCUGCUAGAUCAACUUAUUAGAACCCUGCUUUUCUGCCUCAAGAACGUUAAAGAUCUCCAUUACAGCCCUGAGGCUGUGGUUUCUGGCCAGGGCAAUAGCCUGCUCAAAUCCAAAGGCCUCACAGACAACCCCUACAGGGCACCCUCCCUAGAUCUCUCCUCUUCUGGCUGGCCCAUCAUCCUUCUAAGGAUUUCCUGGGACAUCACACUGGGGUAAUAGAUUGGACACACUGAUUCCAUAGCAAAGCCUGGACGUGGUGGCUCGGUGGCAUAGCUUUCUGUAUGGACCUAGUACUUGACUAGAGGGCUUUUGAUGAAGUCUGUUUAUAUCCCAGUCCUGAAUUUUGUAGUCAUAAAUUUAUAAACAGAUGUAUCAAAAUAAUUUGCACAAUUUUUAAUAAAUAAUUUUGAGUGUGUAUGUAAAA